CUUCUCAUCAAUCUCGACACCGCCACUACCAAGAACGGCUUCUGCCUCUUCGCUGCCCUUCUCACGACCUCUUGAGAGCUCCUUUGUGCCCCGCGAGCUUCUCAGCACUUUCCCAAUUCUUUGACCAGCAUAUAUCCCUCUUCCCUCGCCGUCGCGCCACCCGAGUGUCGCACGACUCCAAUGGCAGACUCAGGACCCUCAACAUCGACUGCGCCACAACCAUCGACUCUCUCUGCCUCAGCAUCAGCCUUCAAUCCAGCAUCCUCCUCUCAGUCUCAGCAGUCGUCGCGCUCCAACAAUGCCACUCGAGGAGGCAGGCCGCCCAAGAGAGGUGGCCGCAAUGGCGCUCAAGUAAGCAACACUCAGCCAAAUGGCGCUGAGGCGUCUUCAUCAUCAUCUACACCGUCUCGAGCUAGAGGCGGCGGGGGGCGCGGGGGACGAGGCCGAGGAGGACGAGGCGGCAGGCGGCCUCAGGCAGACAGGUCAGCCAAUGCCUCGGCGGAGAACAGCGAUGCUGCCAAUUCGGGCGAGGCUAGCGAUCGUCCCCUUCCAUCUGGCCCAUCAGCUCAGCGCAAGCAGGCACAGCUUCCACCUCGCCGCAAGCAGAACUUUGGCGGCAAGCUCACCAAUGGCAGUUCAGGCCACGAUUGCCCAUCUGCCGAUCUUGCCGAUGCGGAGUGGGGCAAGCCGAUCGACUACGCCGACUUGCGAUCUCGCCUGGUAGCUGAGCUGCGAGCGGGCAAGUACGAUUGCUCCAUCUGCUACUCAACGGUGGGCAACAAGGCUCCCAUCUGGUCAUGUUCUCAAUGUCACACCGUCCUGCACCUCAACUGCAUCAAGCAAUGGGCCUCAUCGAGCGUCAAAGCAGCAGAGGAGCAGAAUGCUAUGCAGGAGGAUGUGAGGAUACGACAGCGCAAGGGUACAUGGCGAUGCCCGGGCUGUCAAUUCGCGCGUGAGGAGGUGCCCACAGUCUACUUCUGCUGGGACGGCCAAGUACGCUCGCCCUCAGCGUCGAGCAACAUCAAAAUUCCUCCUCACUCGUGCGGCAAAACCUGCAGCAAAGCCAAGUGCAUACACGGCUGCUCUGCGGGAGUCUGCCAUCCCGGACCAUGCCCGCCAUGCCCGGUCACUCUUCAUCACCGCUGCUUUUGCGGGGGCAAGGAGGUAGCAGUGCGUUGUUCGCAGCUUGCAAAGAGUCAGACAGCUGCGCCAACGCCCUCUACAGACGACUCGCGCCAUGGUAUCUCUUGCGGCGAGGCUUGCAACAAGCUCCUCUCUUGCGGACGACAUCGCUGCACUGCUGUAUGCCACCAGGGCAAGUGCCAGCCGUGCGAGCAACGAGUCGAAGAGCGCUGCUACUGCGGCCGCAACGCUCAGGCAAUGCUUUGCGGGCAGGGCGAGCGCAAGCUUUGCUCGGGCUCAGAGGAGGAAGAGUGGGAGGGAGCAUGGCAGUGCCAAGACUACUGUGACCGAACGUUUGCCUGUGGCGAGCACCGCUGCUCAAAGCCAUGCCAUCCUCCCUCUGCGGCACCGCCUCAAUGUCCCUUUGACCCUGCGCUCGUCAAGACGUGCCCCUGCGGCGCCGAGUCGCUCUCUGACCGCAAGUCAUGCCUGGACCCCAUCAAGACGUGUGGCCGACCCUGCAACAAGCUUCUUGCCUGCGGUCACACCUGCCAAAAGGACUGCCAUCUCGGUGACUGCCCGCCAUGCAAGAUCCCUGUCAGUGCUCCAUGCCGUUGCGGCGAGUCGCGACCGACUCUGCCCUGCCACGAGCGCGUCGAGGACAAUCCUUCGGCAGACUCGACACCAGAUGCUGUGCUUUGCAAGCAAGUCUGCCGCGCUCUACGCCACUGUGGUCGCCACGAGUGCAAGCGUCAAUGCUGUCCAUUGGCGUUCCAGGCAAAAAGUCGAGCAAGCAAGCCCGUCGGGUCGCGCAACCGUCCGCCUACCCAGAUGGAGCUGGACGAGCAAGACCCAGCGAGGCUCCACGAAUGUAUACUACCCUGCGGCAAGCCCCUCUCCUGCGGCCAAGCAGACCACACCUGCCCACUCAACUGUCAUCGGGGCCCCUGCCCACCCUGCCUGCGCUCAUGUUUCGAAGAGGUCUCAUGCCACUGCGGGCGCACGAUCCUCGAGCCACCCGUACCCUGCGGCCAGCGCCCAGUCUGUCGCUUCCCCUGUGCUCGCCCAGCACCAGCCUGCGGCCACCCCAAGCUCCCGCACGACUGCCACGAGGAAGGGCCCUGCCCGCCAUGUGUCUACCUCACCCGGAAGCGCUGCAACUGCGGGCGCAACGAUGUGGACAACAUCCCCUGCCAUCGCACGCACGUCUCCUGCGGCCAAACGUGCGGGUCGCUCAUGCCCUGUGGCUUCCACCGCUGCACCGCCACCUGCCACUCAGGCGCCCCCCAGGCCUGCGGAGACUGUACGGCCACCUGUGGAAAGCCUAAGCGACUGUGUGGGCAUCCUUGCAAGGCGAAGUGUCACGCACCGGCGCGAUGCGACGAAUCCACGCCUUGCGCAGAAGUGAUCACCGUCACCUGCCCAUGUGGGCAUCUAAGGCAAAAGACGCGCUGCGGUGCCAGCACCACAACAAGCGCUGAUGGGCAGACGGUGGGCGAGCAAAGGCUAAAAUGCAGCGACGCCUGCCUCGUAGCGCAGCGCAAUGCCAAGCUUGCCGAGGCGCUGGGCUUGGAUGUCGAAGACAGGAAAGUCGUGGCAGCCACAUCCUCUGCAGUGCCUUACGACGCGGAGAUGCUGGCCUUCUACGGAAUGGACCACCGCUUCGCCACUGAGCUCGAGGGGACCCUCACCGACUUUAUCCGCUCACCGCGCCAUUCUGUCAUCCUCCCGUCUUCAUCGCGUGCGCAACGCAAGUUCACGCAUGAAUUGGCGGCCGCGUUCGGGUUGGCUACGGAGAGUCUGGAUCCUGAGCCGAAGAGGAGCGUGCAGGUUAGGAGGACGGGCGAGGCGAGGGUGCCUCGGAUACUGCCGAGUGAGAUGUGGGCAAAGGCCAAGAAAGAGCAUGAGCAGGGCUUGACUGCGGGUGGGUCUACGGGGUCCUCCUCUGGCCUGCGAUUGACUUCACUGCGUAGUGGAGGCGCUGCUACGACCUCGCCGCUCAAUGCCCUGCUCCUCGAGCAUGUCUUCGGCGUCGAUGAGGGCAGCCUGCGUGAGCUGCUCACGACGGCCGUUCCAUCACCCAUGGCCGCUUCGGUUGUCAGUACGGCACCGCUGCGUCUUGUGCCCUUCACGCUCAAGUGGGCAGGUGAAGAGAGCGUCUUUGUUCUCCCUGCAGACCCAACUCCCUCUACGGCACAGCGUCUCCUGGCAAGCAAGCACGAUGUCCUGCGCACCGUCAGGAUGCAUCGCGUCGCUGAGAGCUGUGUAGCUUGCAGCGUGGACACCGCGGUAGGGAGUGCCCCGAAGCUACUCAGGAGAGAAGACAGACCAAGCGCACUGGCCAGUGGGAGUGGCAGCGGUGGGCGAUCCACGCCAGUCAACGCCUGGUCGACUCGUGCCGCAGGUGCCGCCUCACCUGGUGGGGCUAGACUGGGUGGGUGGGCUGCCGUGGCUAGUGGAGCAUCAUCUGCCAGAUCGUCCCAGCCAAUGACGCCUACACAGUCUGGCGAGGGGAGGCCGAGGAUCGCGCCUGCAGUAGUGGGUCGGCAGAUGGCGGCCACGACGGAGGUUCGAGCUCGCGAGGCUACACCGGAAGCGUGGGAUCAGUCCGAGUCCGCCUGAACCACAGGCUCUGUUAGCAUUUUGCAUCUUCUCAUCAUCAUUGCAUAUCUGUCUGCUCUAAUGCUCAUCAUCAUGACCAUCGCC